CUUCCCAUCUCUGCUCCACUUUUUACCCGGGAGGGAGAGUCUUUUGUUUUCGGAUCGUGCGCCUCUCCCGCAGGCCCUUCCAUGGCUCCCUUAGCCGAAGUCGGGGGCUUCCUGGGCGGCCUGGAGGGCCUGGGCCAUCAGGUGGGCUCGCACUUCUUGCUGCCUCCUGCCGGGGAGCGCCCGCCUCUGCUGGGGGAGCGCCGGGGCGCGGCGGAGCGGGGCGCCCGCGGCGGGCCAGGGGCUGCGGAGCUGGCGCACCUGCACGGCAUCCUGCGCCGCCGGCAGCUCUACUGCCGCACUGGCUUCCACCUGCAGAUCCUGCCCGACGGCAGCGUGCAGGGCACCCGGCAGGACCACAGCCUCUUCGGUAUCCUGGAAUUCAUCAGUGUGGCGGUGGGUCUGGUCAGUAUUAGAGGUGUGGACAGUGGUCUUUACCUUGGAAUGAACGACAAAGGAGAACUCUAUGGAUCAGAGAAACUGACUUCUGAAUGCAUCUUUAGGGAACAAUUUGAGGAAAACUGGUAUAAUACUUAUUCAUCCAACAUAUAUAAACAUGGAGACACUGGCCGAAGAUAUUUUGUGGCACUUAACAAAGAUGGAACUCCAAGAGAUGGUGCCAGGUCUAAAAGACAUCAAAAAUUUACACAUUUCCUGCCUAGACCAGUGGACCCAGAAAGAGUUCCUGAAUUAUACAAGGACAUACUGAUGUACAGUUGAAGUGUGGUAGUCUCUUCCCUGAAGAAUCAAAUCACAACCCUUUUUCCUUCUCACUGUUUUCAUCACAAAAUAUCAGUAGUAACCAAGGAAGAUAUCAGGAUGUUACAGAGCCCAUUUUCCACGGGGAGACUGAAUUGGGAAAGAACAUUGAGAAAAAACAAACAAAAUUUGACCUGAAAUAGAUCAAGAUCUUUCUUUAAAGUGGAUUAAGUUCCCUUAAGUAUAUUGACUCAGACUUAACAGUAGACUGAAGAUACAAAUCUCUUAAAUUGUGGAUAAAUGGGAACCCCACCUAGUUUGCUGCUGGUGCAUCACCUCUGGAUUAUGUUUACUUUACAGAUGACACUAAAAAUAGAUACUUCAUGUUGAAGAAAUGGAUGGACAUAGUUGGCCAAGAUUAUUGCUACAUGAAUUCUGAGGACCUCGUAGGAUUUUGCAGGUUAUGCAUUAUAUGUAAAAAACCUGGGUGAUAUGUGGACUAUAAAACAUGCCACACCAAGAUGGAACUUUUUUUUAAA